AUGGACUUCGCUCCCUACCAAUCCUCCCCGCCGGAACGCGAACGAGCUCUCUCCCCUCCCCUCGCAUCGCCGCGUGCCUCUGCCGACUUCCGAAGACCCUUCUCGCCGUACGGCCAGCCGUCACCGCCGCCGCUGCAGCAUCCCCAACCUCAGCGCGGAUGGCAGCCGAGCCUACCCGGGUCCUACCCCACGGCGGACGCGCAUCGGGAGGGCGUGAGCGAAUUCGACACGAGCCUAGGCAUUAGGCUAGACUACGAGGCUGCGCUGGCAUACCUGGCUCUUCCGCCGUUGGGAGCGAUACUGUUGCUGAUUGGGGAGCGGAACAGUGAUUAUGUGAGGUUUCACGCAUGGCAAUCCGCACUGCUCUUCACGGCGGUCAUGAUCUUUCACCUAGUAUUCCUCUCAUGGUCCAAGUUCCUUAGCUGGCUCUUCUUCAUCGGCGACUUGCUUGUCAUGGUCUGGUUGGCGUUGAAGGCAUACCAGGACGCAGACACACUCGAUAGAUUCGAGGUUCCCAUCCUUGGCUCGGUAGCUAGCCGUAUCCUUGACGACGAAUGA